CAAGAAGAUUGAUGAAGACGACCUUGAUCAGCAGCUGGGUGUGAAUCACGCAUUUGAGCGCAUGGAUGCGCAGCUGCUGGCAGACUAUGUCAACGCGCGUACACGAUUGUAUGGAAAAGAGCUGAGCAGCGUGGAGCUUGAGGACAGGUUCAUUUCUGCGCGUACUGUGCAAGACAGCACGAGCUGGAGCGAGCCACGGACUACAGAGAAUCUAUCUGCUUUUCUCAAGAAGCAGGCGGGUGGGCUUGAGCCAACGCCUUCGAAGCCGGCUGGGGCACCGCACACGAUUGUGGUGACUGUAUCUGGGAUUCGGGCAGCCGAUGUAUGCCGAUCGCUCAAGACAGGGCUACCGAAACAGGGAAUACAGAAGGCCAGCGUGGCCAAGCUGUUUGCAAAGCACCUCAAGCUGGCCGAGCAGGUGGCGCAUCUGAAGAAGACCAAGAUUGACUAUGGGGUCGGGACGCCGGAUCGGCUGGUAGCGCUGCUGGAAGAAGGGGCGCUUUCAACGGCAAACCUGAAGCGAGUGGUGAUUGAUGUUUCGUACAUUGACCAGAAGAAGCGCGGGAUUCUCGACAUGAAGGAGCUUCACGAGGCGGCGAUCAAGCUGCUGCUGCGCAAGGAGUUUGUGGGCGGGGACAAGCAGGGCGGGGACGGGCUGUUUCUUUUCUACUGAGGGAGUGGGAGAGAGCAAGAGAGGGCGGAGUGGACAAGCAUGGUGAGAUGUCGAGCAGAGAUAGCCAACGAAGACAGCACGCCAAGCAGC